AUGGAGACGGGCAGCGCAGCCAGGACCAACGGCACCGCCGGCAAGCCCGAGGACGUGAAGAGCCCGACUGCCCCCAAAAAAGAAGAGGAGGCCAAGAAGGCCACGAGCCCUGGAGGAGGCGAGAAAGAAGCUAUAAAAGGCACGGGCGGUGCUGCCUUGGAGACAGGGCAAAUCAAGAGCUCCCUCUUCUCUGGGAGUGACUGGAAGAGGCCCAUCAUUCAGUUUGUGGAGUCAUCCGACGAGAAGAGGUCAACCUACUUCAGCAUGGACUCGGCAGACUCCAAGAAGAUGCAGUUCCCCAGCGGCCAGAUCGGAGACAUGAGGAGACCGGCCCUGAACUUCCCGGAGAAAGGCGACCUCAGGAAGUCCCUCUUCUCCUUGGAUUCCAAAAAGAGCUUCCUGCCCGCUGACGGGGAAGGGAGGAAGUCCUUGUUCUCCGCGGGGCAGAUGGGGGAGCUGAAGAAAUCCUCCCUGCCUCUGGUGGAGACGGGGGACCUGAGGAGACCCUUCAACAAGGCCGACAGGGCCGCGGGCUCCCGGCCCCGCGUGAAGCUCGAGGACGUUCUCUGCGACUCCUGCAUCGACAACAAGCAGAAGGCCGUGAAGUCCUGCCUGGUGUGCCAGGCCUCCUUCUGCGAGCUGCACCUCAAGCCCCACCUGGAGGGAGCGGCGUUCCGGGACCACCAGCUCCUGGACCCCAUCAGGGACUUCGAAGCCAGGAAAUGCCCCGUGCACGGCAAGACCAUGGAGCUGUUCUGCCAGACGGACCAGAUGUGCAUCUGCUACCUCUGCAUGUUCCAGGAGCACAAGAACCACAGCACGGUGACAGUGGAGAUCGAGAAGGCGGGCAAAGAGGCCGAGCUGUCUCUGCAGAAGGAGCAGCUGCAGCUGAAGAUCAUCGAGGUGGAAGAUGAGGUGGACAAGUGGCAGAAGGAGAGGGACCGCAUCAAGAAUUACACCACCAAUGAGAAGGCCACGGUGGACCAGCACUUCAAGGAGCUGAUCCGUGACCUGGAGAGGCAGAGGGAUGAGGUGAAGGCUGCGCUGGAUCAGAGGGAAAAGAUCGCCUCGGAGAACGUGAAAGAAAUCGUGGAUGAGCUGGAGGAGAGGGCGAAGCUGCUGCGGGAGGACAAGGAGAACAGGGAGCAGAUCCACCAGAUCAGUGACUCCGUGCUCUUCCUGCAGGAAUUUGGGGCUCUGAUGAGGAAUUACGUGCCCCCUCCAUCCCUCCCAACCUACAGCGUGCUGCUGGAAGGGGAGAGCAUGAGCCCGUCCAUGGGGCUGCUCAGGGACGACCUCCUCAACGUCUGCAUGAGGCACGUGGAGAAGAUCUGCAAGGCAGACCUGGGCCGCAACUUCAUCGAGAGGAACCACAUGGAGAACGGAGACCACCGGUUCAUGAUGAACAACUACGAGUGGAACCAGCCCGACAACCUGAAGAGAUUUUCCAUGUUCCUGUCUCCCAAAGCCAAUUUCAGCCCACGGUCAUGGGAAUUUUCCUCCUUCCAGGCGACUGAGGAAACACUUGUAGGCAAUGGCACUAAGCUGCCUUUUCAGUUCUCCUCGGUGGGACAGAAUCCGCCCGGUGACUUCAGCAAACAGUCUGAUGGGAGCCUCUUCACUAAGACCGCCUACCCUUCCAUAGUGAGGCACCAGUCUACAAAGGUGACGCCUCAGACGUGGAAAUCCUCCUCCAAGCAGUCUGUAUUGUCACAUUACCGCCCCUUCUACGUCAACAAAGGCAACGGAGCCACCUCCAACGAGGCCCCCUGA